UCGCGACACUUCACAUCUUGUCUGUCACAGGCCGCAAUGAGUGGAGAUGAUAGGAGAGAAGGGGUGAAUUAUCUAGGUUGCUCAACAAUAUCUCAGAAUUGACAGUGCUUUUACCAAAUAUUUUGAUCUUUAAAAACACAAUCCACGAGCCUAACAUGUGCUGAACGCGUCUCGCCGGUUCAAACAGGUGUCUUUCGGAAAGCAGCACCAGAAACUAAAGUUAAAUCGUAUGUGUAAAGUGCUAGCGGUUAGCUGUCAAGCUACAUAGCAUAGCCAUCCAGGCAAUGGCGUUGAAAAGAAUUCAAAAGGAACUCACAGACCUGCAGAGGGACCCUCCAGCCCAGUGCUCUGCAGGCCCACUAGGAGAUGACUUGUUCCAUUGGCAAGCAACUAUAAUGGGUCCAAAUGACAGCCCUUAUCAGGGGGGGGUGUUCUUCCUCACCAUUCACUUCCCUACAGACUACCCCUUCAAACCACCCAAAGUUGCGUUCACAACAAAAAUAUACCAUCCGAAUAUUAACAGCAACGGUAGUAUUUGUCUGGACAUACUGCGGUCGCAAUGGUCACCGGCACUCACAGUGUCAAAAGUUCUUUUGUCUAUUUGCUCUCUGCUCUGUGACCCGAACCCGGACGACCCGCUAGUCCCUGAGAUCGCCCAUACCUACAAAUCUGACCGGGAAAAGUACAACAGACUAGCAAGAGAAUGGACACAGAAAUAUGCAAUGUGAAAAUGCCACCAAAAAUCAAAUACAAAAAAAAAAAAAAGAGAAGUUUAGGAAAACAUAUUUGAUAUUUUAACACAAGGCAAGCAAAUUAAGCAAGACAUAUCUUGGGCAACACACCACCGGUGGAAAAAGGAAGCAAUACGAGGUACACUGGCACCUGGCUUCCAUGGGCUGCUGCCAUGCUCUUUGUGACUAGCGUGGACCGGCCCACCAGGACCCAAUGGACUCCUGAAGGCAGUCCCACCACGGAAUACUGGAAUUCUCCUCCACACAGCGACAUGUGCAGACUUUUACUACUGCUAUCGUGAUUUAUUAUAUUUGUUGUUAAGGCAUCACUCUCAUCAAGGGCAAUGCUAUGUUCGCUCUUGCUAGAAGUUAUUUCGGUUUUUGUUAUUCUUUGGCAAACUACUUUGGUCGAUUCAGAAGAUCGUCAAGUUUUUCCCUUAUUUCAGAGGUACUGUUUUGUCUCACUUGAUGUCUUGUUAUUGUAUUUACAUGUAUUCAGUGGCCUUUACUGUUUUAUUUUAUUAUAGUAGAUGUGCAAUUGCAGUCGGAAUGUUAACGUUGAACACAAAAUUGUGCAUGUUUAAUAAUGGCAGUUGAUUUUUAGCUUUGAAAGCAACUGCUCAAUGAACACUAUCUCUACCUUAGGGCAAAUGUGAACAAACUUGAGGCGGAUUUGAUUCAUCCCAGACUGUAUAAAUGGGAGCAACAGUAUUGGAAUUAGAAUGGACAGCUGCUAUUAAAGCUAGGUGCCCCAUGCUUCAGCGUUGGUGCUUAUUAGGUAAAGGCAACGCAAAAUCAUCUUCCAUUCUUCUCGACCACGUCCGAGUUACCCGUCGCAUUCAGUAUCCAUUGACGUCGUACACUUAUGACGGAAAUCUUCGCAAAGGAAUUAAUAAUGCUAUUAUUUUUGACGCAGUACUGUUUGACUGUGCCAAUUGCUCCAUACACUUGCUCAGGUAUCCAGCCAAAUCAUCAGCCUUUAAAGGAGCACUGCAGUGACCCAGGGUGAGUGGAAGUUAAUGGUUCCCAUACCACCCAACAUGUAUAAGAGAAAAUACAACCAACCAUGCAAGUGAUAACCUAAAAUCACUUGGCGUUGUAUUUGAUUAAGUAGCACGUGUCAUGCUUAAGUAGGGAAUGGCUCAGUUUGAAUUCAGCACUCCUAAGGAACUUGUUGGUGGCGGGCGCAGCAAUCCUUUGUUUCAUAUCAGUAUGCUGCCUGUCCCUUUUCCUCAGGGAGCAUUUAUUUCCCUCACCAAACCCCGGUCGGGUCACCUGCAACAGUUUGCUUUAUUAUUUUCAUUUUUAUUAUUUUUGAACUCUUGGAUGUGAAUGUGAAUGUUUUUUCCAACGGCCAUCAAGCAGGCCAUUGUAGAUGUGUUAAUGCUACUGUGUUCUAAAUGACGACAGUCUUUCAUUACUGCGAAUAUUUUAAAGAUGGAAGCAAAGCAGAAGACCUUCAGAAUAUUGAAGUAAAAAGAAAAAAUUGGAUUUGUAGAUGGCCCUUUCUUUUCAAAGAAGAGACUUUAAUUAUGACCAGAUCCUGUUUAUAUCUAAGGUCGGGGAACUUCACUUGGUGAUUUUUGAGGAGGACAGAGCAACUCUGUUUAUAUAUAGCCAUGGUUUACAAAAAUUGUGUUUUGUUUGCAAUAACGUGACUUGGUAAAAUAGUUUGAUUGGGUGUCAUCAAGAGGUUACUAGUUGUAAAAUUGUCUAGUAUGUAAUUAGAUUUUGUCAAUAUAAAGGGAAAGUACAGUUUUAUUUUAAAACCAGAUUACCAUUGGUACUAUGUUUUAUUCGUAAGGAUUUAACAAGAUAAAUGUGCAUUGAAAAGCAGGAUAAAAAAAAUUAGAGAACAUAGGCCAUGUUUUUGGCAUGAAUUAUAGUUUUUUUUAAUUGUUAGAUUGGGCGCUCAAGGCUAAACUGUGUCCACAAAAUAUAGGUUAUAGACUAAAGACAAGCUCUCCAAAUGCAGUGGAGAUCCAUAUGCUGCCAGACUCAUUAUAUAAAAAUGAUUUGAGUGUUGAAGUAUUACAGUAGUACACAUUUUGUAUGUUUUUGGGGGGUUUGUUUUUAUUUAUUUAUUUAUUAUGUCCUGUUUUUUUUCUUGGUGAGUGCAGCCUUUUUCCAUUGCGACAGCCAGCCCAGUGAUGCCAACUCCAUGCAGUGUAUUUGUUCAAUGUGUUCAACUAGACAGCCUGUGCUUUGGCCUAAACCCCCUCACAGCCGUGUGCCGGAUAUCAGGGAUUUCAUCACAGUUAAUCUGCCUAACAUUUCUGAUUGAGACAUUAGCCUUAACCCCCAUUUUAUACACGGAUAACGUCACUUUAAGUUUACUAGUAUGGCUGCUUCCCCCUAAAAGGCUUGAUCAUUUCAGUUAUCUUGUAAAUUGCCAAGACAACACUAAAGAUAAAUAAUUUUGACUUUGUUUGAAAUUCAGGACCAGCUUCCUAACACCAUUGACGCUUCUUAAAAUAUGGAAUUUGUGCUUGACCUGUCAAUGGCGACAUCCCUCUCUUUGCAUAUAAGAUAUUUAAAUAACCAUUCAUAAAUAAAGCUUGUUUUGUUUUAA